AUUCCCGGAAAAUAACACAGACAAUACCGACAAACACCCGCCUCAGCGGUUAACAGUUUACUCGUUGCAUAAAAAUGAAGUACUUUUCUCUCCCAAAUCGAUAAGCACCAAAAGAAAAGUGCUUUCUUUCGUCUUCUUUUCAAAGUUAUCAUCUUUUCAAUUUUCCCACUAGAAAUCUGUGGCUCAGUUCUUUUCUGUAUACUUCUCUGCAGAGGGAAAAUGCAGAAAGGUACAAAGAGUAAAUGCGCAUCUGUAUCUCACAAUCUAUUGUUAGACAAUGCAAAGAACAGGCUCAAUGAUCUUCAAGAAAGAUUCUCUAAUCUUCAAGCUGCAAGAAUGGAAGGUCGAGCUAGUGAUGUUGCUGUGUUGGAAGAACAGGUGUAUCAGAGUCUCCGUGAAUGGAAAGCUGAGCUAGAUGCACCUUCUCCUGCCUCAUCUUUGGUUGGUGGUAGCCUUGGGACUUUCUCAGAAGAUAUAGGCCGCCUUUUGCAGUUAUGUGAAGAAGAAGAAGAUGAUGCGACUAGUCCAUUGGUAGAACAAUCAGUUCUGAAGCCUGAGCCUAAUAUUCAAAGUGUUAAUAUUGGCAAUUUCACAGCUUUUGAAGAUGACUACUUCCGAAACAGUGACACUCAAGUCCAUAGUUUUCAAGGAUUUGAUCAAUGCAACAACUCCUUAACUUUGCAGAAUACAGUGGUUAGCACCUCCGAUAUGACUGCUUUCUUGGAUUAUCAACAGUUCAUUUCAGAUGAAGGAUUUGACCUUCUUGGUACUAAUGACUCUAAAGAGUUCACAGGGAGUGUUGCAAUCCUGCCUAUCGGUCCUGCUCCUUCUGCUUUCAUGGGUCCAAAAUGUGCACUCUGGGAUUGUGCCAGGCCUGCUCAAGGAUCUGAAUGGUUUGAAGAUUAUUGUAGCAGCUUUCAUGCUACUCUGGCUCUGAAUGAAGGUCCACCUGGUAAGACUCCAGUUUUGCGGCCCAGCGGCAUUGGUUUGAAGGAUAAUUUACUGUUUACUGCUCUUAAUGCAAAGACACGGGGUAAAAAUGUUGGUAUUCCACAAUGUGAAGGGGCUGCUAGUAUGAAAUCUCCAUGGAAUGCUACUGAGCUAUUUGACCUUUCCUUGCUUGAUGGUGAAACAAUUAGAGAGUGGCUCUUUUUCGAUAAGCCUAGAAGGGCAUUUGAAAGUGGAAGUAGGAAGCAGAGAUCCUUGCCAGACUACAGUGGGCGUGGGUGGCAUGAAUCCAGAAAGCAAGUGAUGAAGGAGUUUGGGGGGUAUAAGAGGUCUUAUUAUAUGGACCCACAACCUCCAGGUUGCUAUGGGUGGCAUUUGUAUGAAUAUGAGAUCAGCAACUCUGAUGCCUGUGCAUUAUAUAGGUUGGAACUCAAGUUUGUUGAUGAAAAGAAGACUCCAAAAGGGAAAGUUAUGAAAGAUUCUCUUGCUGAUCUGCAGAAGAAGAUGGGAAGGCUCACUGCUGAUAAUACUGGAGAUAAUAGUCCCUCAAGUAAGACCAGGACAAGGACUGAUAAAAAAACUGAGGCUGGAGGUGAUGAUCUUACUCCUGAUCAGAAGUCUUCUGAUGCUAAAGCCUUGGGCCAUGAUUCCAUACAAUCAUCUUCCAAGUAGCUUUUGAUUGACUUUACAUGUCGGAGCAGUCUUUGCUUGAACUUGGAAGCUAGCAGCAUUCUAGAAACAUAUUGCUGAUGAUUUUGAUAUCAAGAUUGCUGCUGCUGAAUUUGUUGAAAAUAUAGAAGUUGGUACUUUAGUCCUCUGUCCGGGCUAUUAUACUUUAUAGUUGUCAGUGGUAUGAACUUUUUGUUUUCUUGAGGAGGGGUAAUGUGCUACACUGAAAUCUGGUGAUUUCUCCAAAUCAUAGAUGGUCUGCAUAGCGAGCUUCACUUUUGACAGUUAGUUUUUGAGGACAAAAGUAAAUAUCAGAGGUGGCCGCUUCAAGUGUAUAGUGGAAUAUACCAAUGGUGAGAAGACAUUUGAUAUCAUGAUGGAUAUGUGACAAUCUUUCAAAAUAUAUUAGGCAUGUAAACUCUCGCUUGUUUAGUUAAAAGUAAAAGACGCCUUUGAAGAUCUUAUAUUAUUGUUCUUACAGAGAGGAAAAGGAAAAGGAAAAAAAAAACAUUAAAAGCAUCACCACUCAGGUUUUCCUGUCAA